UGGCGCAUUAAGUGCAAUUUUCAAAUUGUCUGUUCUACUGAAGGGGAAACGAUAUCGUCAUCGCACACACCAUAUAACUGUUUGCAUUAGUCUAACACAUAUAUAGUCUAACACAUACAUAUGGUACAGGUUUUCGUAGGCACCGUCUAACUGUUUGCAUUAGGCUAACACACGUAAUAUAAUUAAUCAGGAAAUGUGUAUCAUUUUCAUAUUUACGGUAGGACUACACUACUAAUAUAAAAUAAAUAGCACACCAUAGUUUAAUGAGAAGAAAUAGAGAUACACAAUGCCGUCUUAUCACAAGAGUGACGCACAUACUCGGGGAAUCUGCUCUCAGCAAACUCCAAGGACAAAGCGCUUUGUCCUAAAACAAGCACCACCAGCCCGGACAGCAAAGUUGAUAGCGGGCGUCCCAAUCCGCGCACGAACCUAAACCGCCCAAAACCGGCCACAGCGGGGGCGGCCCCAAAGCAACGCCCAGAAACGCCUUCGACGAGACCCGCGUCAGCAAAGACUUCAAAAAGACUGGACACUGAGAUAAGACAGAUUUUUCUUCUGCUCGGAAACAUGUAGCCUUGUUUUGGAUCCAGAAUUGUCCCUCCGUCGUCUGUUUUUGCCUUGUUUUUGACCAUUGUCGACGAAUAAAUUGUCAACCUGUUUUCGGCGAGUGUUCUUCAAGCUUUUGAAACAUGGAGUCAGUGUGCAAAGGGUUAACACAGGAACGCGCGGAGUUUAGCUUCCUCCUUAGCCUGGCUCCUCGGGGGAGUCAGCGACGGAGCACAUUUCCGUUCUGUUGCCGGCCUCCCCGUGCAGUUUGGGCUGGGAGGACUAAAUUCCUUCACUACCCUGGAAACCCCCGUUUACAGACGUCGCGCAACCGCUUUUGUUUCAACUUAGCCAUAAAAAGAAGGAGUUGCUGAAGCUUAUCCCUUAUCCGCGGCGAGACGUACUGUAAGGAAUUGGGAGUUCGGUGACGAAUUUGCCGGCUGUAUAUAAUUGACCUAAUCCUCCGUGCAGUAAAGCUGCGUGUGCAAAAUCUGUUGGGGCCCCUGCUGGAUGGGGGCCUUAGGCAAUUGCCUGGUUUGCCUAAUGGGAUGCGACGCCUCUGCCCCUCAGCUUCAGCCUUGAUCUUGGGACUUCUUGAAGCAGGUGGUCAGCUGAUCUGAGGGUUAUGGUUAGACUGUAAGGCUGAAGCAGUGCUGACAGAUGUGGCGGCGCAAGAUUAUUGAAACAUUUAAAAACAAUAACAUCUUGAAAUGUAUCAGUGUCAGCCAAUGAGUGGGGGAUUUCAUGUGAUCAUCAAUUAGCAUUUAAUUAUUCGAUACAUUGUGGCAGCAAUAAAACAUUAACUGAAAAAUGGAACAUCACCUUGUACUGUGUAUGUAUAUGUGACUGUCCUUGACUGCUCACCACUGAUCAAACAACUUGGUGUAGCUUUGUGUACGCGCGCGUGCGCGUGUUAAACGCUAAGCAGCCUAACAGAUUAGUAGCACAUUGUGUGCGUGUGAGCCACAUUGUGUCUUUGACGGCCAUCUUGAGGUCAAAGGGGGGUCGCCAAUCAAGGCAGACACCCGCAUAACAUCUGUCCCCGUGACAUCUGUUUGGUUGAGUUGGAGAACAUCACGUGUACCUAAUGAAGUUGCCACGCUUGGUGAACUGCGACUUCCUGUUUAAUUCUUUUUAUUUGGAAGAUAAUUACUAGCUUGAAUUCAUCUUAGGGUUUCAAAGUAAGAGUUUGGGCCAUUAUUAACUCAUUCACUGCAAAUGACACAAAUAAACAUGCAAUCCAUUUUGACUGGGAGUAGUAUUCCUUCAUGAACGAUGGGUGUCCAAACGUUUUUCUCCGAAAAAUCGAAGGAUACGAGGGCCAUCAUGAUAUUCUUUUAUUUGUUAAACAUGACAAUAUAGAGUAUAUCGUACAGCCCUAAUACAGUUAGGAGAAGUAUUUGCUGCCCUUGUGAUUUUGCAAGUUCACCCAUUUAGAAAAUAGGCACAGGUCUGAAAUUUCAAUCAAAAGAUGGAAGAUUUCCACUGAUAGAGAAAAAAAAUCUGGAACUCGCAUGUGACGGCCCCUAGCAGUUUAAUAGUUCAUUUUCUGAGACUCUUCCAGUCAGCUGAUCGUCGCCAGAAAAAAAGCUUCAAAAACCUGCCGCUGUCAACGCUCUGGGAGGUCGCAUUUGACAGCAUUCUGCCGCGGUCCUCCUCGCCAGCUGUUUGCUCGCCAUUCACGCUCGUUUGCAUUUGAUCGCUAGUCUGAUACACUCCCGCUUUUUCGGUGAGGGUUUUUUUGUUCACCACUGUAAAUAAGAGCACUGAAGCAAGUAGGGGUAAGUCGCCAUUUCUGUUCAACCCGUUUUCUCCUGUUUUGUUUAGCGUAAGAAGCUAGGUUAGUGGCUGUCUUUUCUUUGUUCUUUUUCAUGAUCAGGGUUUAGUUAGCGGGUGGGGUUCAAGUGUAGAUUCCUUUUGUUUGUUGUUUUGGCCUGGGCUUACCCUGAAGCCGCGCUUCAUCCACAUUUUGUACAUAUUCGUUGCGAGUGUGAUCGUUGUGUAAAUAAAUUUGUGCCACUUGUGAAUUUGCGUGGCUCGUUUAUGCCUUUCGCAAGCUGUCCUUGGGACGUAACAUCACAUUGUAUAAUAUUUUAAUAAUUCAUUUGUAAUUUACUGGGGUUCAUAGCCAAAAGUAUUGGCACCCCUGCAAUUCUGUUAGAUAAUGCUUAAUUUCUCCCAGAAUCAUUAUCAUUUUAUACAAAACUCCAAAAUUGGGGUAGACAAAAGUAUUGGCACCCUUUGAAAAAUCAUGUGAUGCUUCUCUAAUUAGUGUAAUUAACAGCACCUGUUACUUACCUGUGGCAUAUAAAAGGUGGUGGUAAUAACUAAAUCACACUGGCAGCCAGUUACAAUGGAUUAAAGUUGACUCAACCUGUGUCCUUGUGUGUACCACAUUGAGCAUGGAGAAAAGACAGAAGACCAAAGAGCUGUCUGAGGAAUUAAGAAGCAAAAUUGUGAGGAAGCAUGGGCAAUCUCAAGGCUACAAGUCCAUCUCCAAAGACCUGAAUGUUCCUGUGUAUAUCGUGCACAGUGUCAUCCAUAAGUGUAAAGCCCACGACACUGUGGCUAACCUCCCUAAUUGUGGACAGAAAAGAAAAAUUAACGAGAGAUUUCAACAAACUAUUGUGCGGAUGGUGGAUAAAAAACCUCGACUAACAUCCAAAGAACUUCAAGCUGUCCUGUAGUCUGGGGGUACAACAGCGUCAACCCGUACUAUCCAUCGGCGUCUGAAUGAAAAGGGACUCUAUCGUAAGACCCCACAUCUGACCCAAAGACACAAAAAAGCCAGGUUGGAGUUUGCCAAAACUUACCUGAGAAAGUCAAAAACGUUGAUGGAAGAAUGUUCUCUGGUCAGAUGUGACAAAAGUAGAGCAUUUUGGGAAAAGGUAUCAACAUAGAUUUUACCGGGGGGAAAAACGAGGCUUUCAAAGAUUAGAGCACGUCCUCACAGUCAAACAUGCCGGAGGUUCCCUGAUGUUUUGGGGUUGCUUUGCUUCCUCUGGCACUGGACUGCUUUGGCAUUAUGAAGUCUGAAGACUACCAACAAAUUAUGCAGCAUAAUGUCGGGCCCGGAGUGAGAAAGCUGGGUCUCCCUCAGAGGUCACAUAUCUUCCAGCAGGACAAUGACACAAAGCACACUUCAAAAAGCACUAGGGAAUGGUUUGAGAGAGAGCAGUGGAGACUUCUAAAGUGGCCAGACCUGAAUCCCUUAGAACACCUGUGGAGAGAUCUGAACAUGGCACCCUUCAAAUGUCAGAGACUUGGAGCAGUUGGGCAAAGAAGAAUGGCCUGAAAUUCCAGCAGAGCAUUGUAAGAAACUCAUUGAUGGAUACCAGUAGCGGUUGUUCGCAGUUAGUUUGUCUAAAUCAGUGGUUCUCAACCUGGGUUCCAUCGUACCUCAGGGGUUUGGUGAGUAAGUCUAAGGGGGUCGGCGCAGGUAAAGAAAUUCACAGCCCUAUUUUCAUACGCUGAUUAAAUCUCGGCAAAGUGGCUUUUUAGACCAGGUUUUAGCAUGGUUUGCUCCCAAUUUACAUGCUUAAUCUAUUUUUUUAACUGCUAGUCCUGAAUCUGAUGUGAGGAGAAACUAGUUUGCUCAGUGGAAGGUUGACUCGCCCUUGGUAUGAAGGAAUAAAACGGACCAUCGGGCAGUGUGGUCUCAAAUUUUGUCCUGUUUAUAAAGCAAUUUUGAGAAGCAUUUUGCUAGUUGCUAAUUAGCGUGCUAGCUUAGAUAUGUUAGUUUUGAAUUUAAAAAAUUUGCUUUAUGAUCUCAUUCUGAAGGGUUCGGUGAAUCCACAUGUGAAACUUCGGUUCGGUACCUUUAGUAAGGUUAAGAACCACUGGUCUAAAGGUUGUGCUACCUCGGAUUAGGCUGAGGGUGCCAAUACUUUUGUUUGGCACAUUUUUGGAGUUUUGUGUAAAAUGAUAAUGAUUUUUUUUUUCAUUGCAAGCAAAAUCAAUGAAGAUAUUACUACCAAAGCAUUUGUAAUUGCAAUCAUAUUCUGGGAGAAAUUGAGCAUAAUCUGACAGAAUUACAGGCGUGCCAAUACUUUUGGCCAGCACUGUAAGUAAUUGUACCCCUGAGAAUCAGCAAUAAUUUAUGACACUCAAAGGGUUGUCAGUCUACCUUAAAAAAGUCCACCUUUACCCCAUGAGUAACCACCCACCCACCACCCGUUUGAGCUCAUAAUUGUCACCCGUGCAUCCAACUGCUACCAUGGGCAAGACCAGAGAGCUUUUCGAAAGACGCCAGAGAAAAAAUGGUUGAGUGUCACAAAGCUGGAAAUGUCAGGAAAUGCGUGGGCAGGCAGGUUGUGUGGACCCAAAUGCAGGGAAUCAAUAAUGCAAGGCAGGUGGCAGAGAACUCAAAAAGGUUUUAAUUAUAACUAAAUAAAAGCACAAAGUACAACCAAAAGGACUGGGGAUCAAAAAGGCAAGGUUCAAACAAAAGCACAAAGUACAAAACAAAGGCUGUGGUGAUCCAAAAACUUACCAAACAAAAGUCAGGCUAACUAAUAAACUUACUUUCCAAUCAGGACGAGGAACAUGAGGAACUGGUGAAAAAUGCUGACAUGAACGUGGCGAUUGACCAUGUAAAAUCUCCCCGCGUAGGGCAUCACUCAUGAUGAGAAAAGUAGGGCUGAGCCUAGAACUACAUGGCAGGAUCUGGUGAACGACCUGAAGGAGGCUGGAUGCACAGUUUUGUCAGUAAAACACUACAGUGUAGUGGUUUAAAAUCAAUCAUUGCUCAGAAGGUUCUCCUGGUGAAGCGAGUACAUGUGAAUGGCCGAGGAAGUUUAAAACCCCGCUAACUCGAAGAUUAGGUCUCAUGUCAAAAAUUCUGAACUUCCCCUUUAAUUUGACUCACGCGACUGCCCGUGGCCCCCCCGCCCCGUGCAGACCACGCUCGCUAGCCACGGCUGGCUAUCAUUAGGGACGUGAUCCCAAUGCGGGGCCGGCUUGACAUCGGGGUCCCACAGGAGUAUCGCAAUGCGACGCGGAAGCGAUGGAGUUCCCCGCCCCAUCGUGGAGGCCGGCGAGUGGCCCGACACUAGCCAGCAAGCGAGUGGCCGUGCAGGGGGGAGGGGUUAUGUGGCGGCCUAGCGGCACGCAGACAACUUUUCUUUUUUUUUUAAGGUGUUUUCAAGUACUCAGUGGCAUGCCAGCACAGUCGGCCAGCAUACACAUACGCACAAUAAAUAAAGAAAGCCCAGUCAAAAGGGGCACUUUGGGCAUGUAGCGGCAAAGGGGCAGGUGCUCAAGCACCCUCCGCCCCUCCCUCUGCACGUGUCUGCCGGCUGCCGCCAUUACCUUCCCACACACAAACUGGUAAAGAAUCACAGUGUGAGUGUAUUGUUGUGGGGGGCACCAGCAAACAUGUUGCCUUUGUUACCAAAUUCGUCAGGAACGGCCCUGGAAAAGAGACACAUUGGAUUGGAGGUCUCUCAUGUCUGAAAUGGCACUGAGAGAGUUUAAAGAGAAAAAAAAACACAUCUGAAAAUCUUAAAAUUGGGGCGAACCAUCCUUUAAAAGCCGAAAUUUAUUUCAAAAGCUGACUCUGAAAGCCAGCGGAACGUUUUUGUUUGUCGGGGGUGUGCUGGCCCUUUAAGAGCAAAAGAUGAAAGCCGAUUAGCGCUCAUCCUGCCGCCGCCGUCAUUCGGCGUCCGAGCUCGUUCGGAUCUCCGCGGACCGCUCCUCCCCCUCGCCCUUUUCGGGGCGGGAGAUUCGGGCUCGCCCUCUCAGAAAAUCAACUUCGGAUGCGCGCGCCCGCUCUCUCUCUCUCACCCGGAUUCACGCCAACGAGGCCGUGACGCGCGCCCUCGGCGACUGAGGCAGGUAGGCAGGUGCUUGGGUCCAGAUGCAGAAAAGCGUGCGCUACAACGAGGGCCACGCCCUGUACCUGGCCCUGGUGGCCCGCAAGGAGGGCGCCAAGCGCGGCCUGGUCAGCAAGCGGAGUUCCGAGAACGUCCGCUGGACAGACAAGUUCUUCGCGCUUUACCAGAACCUCCUCUUCUACUUCGACAACCAACACAGCGCCAGGCCGUCAGGGAUGUACCUGCUGGAGGGAUGCACCUGCGAACGGGCCCCCGCGCCCCCCAAGGUGGCCUCUUCGCUCGCCGGCGGGAGCGGCGGCGGCGGUGGCAGGGACGCCCCCGAAAAGGAGCAGCACUACUUCCUGGUGAUUUUCGGCCACGACGGUCAGAAGCCUCUGGAGCUUCGCACGGACGAGGAAGCUGACCGCAACGAGUGGGUGGACUGCAUACAGCAGGCCAGCUACUCGGACGUCCUGGCGGAGCGCGAGAUCCUGAUGCAGAAGUACAUUCACCUGGUGCAGAUCACGGAGACGGAGAAGAUCGCCGCCAAUCAGCUGCGCGCGCAGCUGGAGGAGCAGGACGGUGAGAUCGAGAGGCUGAAGGCCGAGAUCGUGCUGCUCAACAGGAGCAAGGAGCGAACUCUGGCCGGCAACAGCGUCCUGGAUGAGGAGGACCCUGACAUCAAGAAGAUCAAGAAGGUGCAGAGCUUCAUGCGCGGCUGGCUGUGCCGGAGGAAAUGGAAGCUGAUCGUGCAGGACUACAUCUGCUCGCCGCACGCCGAGAGCAUGCGCAAGCGCAACCACAUCGUCUUCAACAUGGUGGAGGCCGAGAGCGAGUACGUCAACCAGCUGUCCGUCCUGGUCAACUGCUUCCUGCGACCGCUGCGCAUGGCCGCCAGCUCCAAGAAACCGCCCGUCAGCCACCACGACGUCAGCAGCAUCUUCCUCAACAGCGAGACCAUCAUGUUCCUGCACCAGAUCUUCCACCAGGGCCUCAACGCUCGUAUGGCCAACUGGCCCACCCUCGUCCUCGCGGACCUGUUCGACAUCCUCCUGCCCAUGUUGAACAUCUACCAGGAGUUUGUGCGCAACCACCAGUACAGCCUUCAGGUUCUGGCCAACUGCAAGCAAAACCGCGACUUUGACAAGCUCCUCAAGCAGUACGAGGCCAACGCCGCCUGCGAGGGACGCAUGCUGGAGACCUUCCUCACCUACCCCAUGUUCCAGAUUCCCCGCUACAUCAUCACUCUUCACGAGCUGCUGGCUCACACGCCGCACGAACACGUGGAGAGAAACAGUUUACAUUUUGCCAAGUCCAAGCUGGAAGAACUGUCAAAGAUGAUGCACGACGAGGUGAGCGACACGGAGAACAUCCGCAAAAACCUGGCCAUCGAGAGGAUGAUCGUGGAGGGCUGCGACAUCCUGCUGGACACCAGCCAGACUUUUGUCCGACAAGGUUCACUCAUCCAGUUGCCGUCCGGCGGCGAGCGCGGGAUGCUGAGCAAAGUGCGUCUGGGCUCGCUGUCUCUGCGCAAGGAAGGCGAGCGCCAAUGCUUCCUCUUCACCAAACACUUCCUCAUCUGCACCAGGACGUCCGGAGGGAAGCUGCACUUGCUCAAGCAAGGCGGCGCCUUGUCCCUGAUGGAGUGCACGCUGAUCGAGGAAGCGGACACGGGCGACGAGGACUCGGUGGCGGGGCAAGGCCUCGGGCACUUGGAGUUCAAAAUGUUUUUGGAGCCUCCCGACGGGCAGGCCUUCUCGGUGGUUCUGCUGGCUCCUUCGCGCCAGGAGAAGGCAGCCUGGACCAGCGACAUCAGCCAGUGCAUCGACAACAUCCGCUGCAACGGACUGAUGACCAGCGUCUUUGAGGAGAACUCCAAAGUGUCGGUGCCACACAUGAUCAAGUCAGACGCCCGGCUGCACAAGGACGACGUGGACAUCUGCUUCAGCAAGACGCUCAACUCCUGCAAAGUUCCACAGAUCCGCUACGCCAGCGUGGAGCGGCUGUUGGAGCGCCUGACCGACCUGCGCUUCCUCUCCAUCGACUUCCUCAACACCUUCCUGCACACCUACCGCAUCUUCACCAGCGCCGCCGUCGUCAUCCGCAAGCUGGCGCACAUAUACAGGCAGCCUUUCACGUCCAUACCCGUCAGGAUCGAGCAGCACUCGUGCGACCGUCUGUCCGUCAUGUCUUUGUGUCCCGACUACACUCUGAAGAUCACUCAACUUGCUCUGGAUCAGUCCAAGUCCCUGGAGCUGUUCUUCGCCGCCAAUCAAGGUUCGUGGGGCGCCGAUCCGCUGAACAACAAAUCACCGCGCCUGUGUCGCAAGUUCUCUUCGCCGCCACCGCUGUCGCUGCCGUCGCGCACGUCCUCACCUGUCCACGGCCGCAAAUUGUCCCUCAGCUCACCCGUGCACGGCCCCAAAGCGGCGGAUCCGUGGUCCGCCUCGUCCUCGCCGCCGCCGUACGGCGCCAGGACGCUCUUUGGGUUCUCUUCCUCGCCACCGCCGAUUGCCAAGGCCCCCCCGGAUUUCGGUCAGGGGCCCAGCUCGCCCGAACUCAGCCCGGGAGUCGAGGAUGGCGGGGAACUGCCUCGUAUCGACGCUUUUUGCGGGAAAAUCAGGAGAAGCAUCCGCAGGGCUGUACUGGAGACAGUGUCUUUGGACAAAUUUAUUCCAGAAUCGCCCUCCGUCCACAGCGGCAACAGCUCAGGGGACGUGUCACCGUGCCGCUCACCAUCCACACCUAGACAUCUGCGCUACCGCCCGGCAGGAGCGUCAUCGUCAGAGAACUCCCGCUGUGCCGUGUCGCCAGCGUCCGCCUUCGCCAUCGCCACCGCCGCCGCCGGGCACAGCGGCUCCCAGACUCCGGGAAGCUCACCGGACAAGUUGUGCGACAAAGAGUUCAUCAUCCGCAGGGCCGCCACCAACAGAGUUCUCAACGUGCUGCGACAUUGGGUCUCCAAACACUCGCAGGACUUUGAGAGCAACAGCGAGCUGAAGGUGGGCGUAGUCAGCCUCCUGGAGGAAGUUCUGCGAGAUCCUGACCUUCUGCCACAGGAAAGGAAAGCCACCACCAAUAUUCUCAGCGCUCUCUGCCAAGAAGAACAAGACGACGCUCAGCUGAAGAUCGAGGACAUUCUACAAAUGAAGAGUUGCCCGCUUCUUCACUUCAUUGCGGCGGAGAGCCCGAAAGCCGAGUGUUUGGAGUCUCUGUCCGCGAUGGAGUUGGCCGAGCAGAUCACCUUACUGGACCACAUUGUAUUUAGGAGCAUUCCUUACGAGGAGUUCCUUGGUCAAGGUUGGAUGAAGGUGGAUAAAACCGAGAAGACACCUUACAUUAUGAAAACCAGUCAGCACUUUAACAACAUGAGCAACCUGGUGGCCUCGCAGAUCAUGAGACACAGCGACGCAGGCUCUCGGGCCGGCGCCAUCGAGAAGUGGCUGGCGGUGGCCGACAUCUGCCGCUGCCUCAACAACUACAACGGCGUCCUGGAAAUCACCUCAGCGCUCAACCGAAGCGCCGUCUACCGUCUGAAGAAGACCUGGGCCAAAGUCUGCAAACAGACAAAAGCGUUGAUGGAUCGCCUGCAGAGGACGGUCUCGUCCGAGGGACGCUUCAAGAACCUCCGAGAGACCUUGAAAAAUUGCAACCCACCAUGCGUGCCAUACCUGGGCAUGUACCUGACCGAUCUGGCCUUCAUUGAGGAGGGCACGCCCAACUUCACUGAGGAAGGCCUGGUCAACUUCUCCAAGAUGAGGAUGAUCUGUCACAUCAUUCGUGAGAUCCGACAAUUCCAGCAAGCGCCCUACAGGAUCGAGCAUCAGGCCAAGGUCACCCACUUCCUGCUAGACAAGACACAAGUGAUGGAUGAAGACACGCUGUACGAGCUCUCCCUACAGAUCGAGCCGCGCCUCCCGCCGGGCUAAGCUAAUGCUGAGCGGCUAGCUCCCCGCCUCAUCCUAUGCUAGCCCGUUAGCGGAAGCCAGCCUAAUCCCUGCUAAUUUGGAUCAGGUGAAGCUUUGACGGCUCGCUGCCCAGCAAACGGCGCUGGCAAAGAGAAACAGAACAACGGGUCCGGUCACGUGGGGACGAAUGGAGGCAAUUCUACUGGUUGUUAUGGUUACAUAUUGUCAGUUGACAUUCAGGCACUGAUUAGCCCGUUAUUUUGAGGGUCUCUUCGCUCCAUGUGCGUUCAAGAGACUUAAUAUGCUCCUUAAAGUCCCACAGUCACCAUUUUUUCCACAAUAAUAGCAUGAUUUACGGUAAUCUUGUCAAAAUUUAGCUAAAGUUCCCCCCGAUUCCGUCAGAUCUCAAGUGCCUACUGAAUUGUAAAUUUUAGGGAUGUACCGAAACCAAAAUUCUUGGCCGAAACCGAAUAUUGGAAACACUUGGCCGAAAACCGAAUGGCCGAAAAAUACACAUAAUUAUUAUUAUUUUAUUAUUUCAUUACUUUCCGAUGACUGCCUUUGCCUUGGCAUUGGUUCCACAACCCCGGAGGCUCGAGAAAAUUAAUUUGAAAGGUGCUGAUUCCAAAACCGCAUUGGAGGGUGCGGUGGCGGUUCUAGGAUUUUUCUGAAAUUGGGGCAAAGAAGGGGCCCUGUGUAAUCCUCCUGGGCUAAGUGUAGCUGCCAUUUUGUUCAGUGUUUGGUUUGGUCAACAAGGCAAUACGCAGAUUAUCCUGCAUGAGGCAGUAAAAACAUCUGCUGAGAACUACUACUGGUAAAAACCAUAGGCGGAGUUUGACUUUUGUGGCAGGGUGGGCAAAACACGCAGUGUCAGCAAUAAAAUUAAUUUAGAAUAUAUAUGCUUCGUUAGUAGCUUAGCCCAUGCUCGUAAAAUGCAGGCAUCCCAGUUACAGUCAUGUGAAAAAAUUAGGACACCCCAUGAAAUAUUCAGUUCUUUAUGAAGAAAUGUUCACAUAUCGAUGUCUGAUCUUGAUUUUCUUUAUCUCAGGAAAACAAAGUGAUUUACUUGCUGGUAAACAACAACAACAAUUAACAUUUAAUUAACCAAAUAUAUCAACAAAAAAUGCAUAUUCUAACUGAGGAAAACCAGUCUACCAGUCUUGAACAUCGUUUCUGAAGAAAGUUUUUCCCACUCCUCAACGCAGAAUACUGUCAGCUGUGAGAUGUUUGAGGGGAUUCUUGCAUGUACAGCCCGUGUCAAGUCACCCCACAGAAUCUCAAUGGGAUUAAGAUUUGGGCUUUAACUCAGCCAUUCCAGGACUCUCCAUUUCUUUUCAGCCAGUCCUUGGUGGAUUUACUGGUAUGUUUUGGGUCAUUGUCUUGUUGCAGGGUCCAGUUUCGCUUCAGCUUGAAUUUUUUCACAGAUGUUCCUCAAGCACCCCCUGAUACACGAUAGAAUUCAUAGUGGAUUCUAUGAUGGUGAGCUCGCCAGGUCCUGCUGCAGUAAAGCAUCCCCAAACCAUGUGUUUUACGAAAUUUCAAGGUUCGCAGUGAGUCAGCAACAGGCACACUUUUGCGAAAUAGACAAUGUUUAUUGAUUAGAAAUUGCAAAUAAAUGAAGUUUAUUGAUUACAAUCCCACAAAGGAAAGCAAAAAACAAGCAUAACACAGAAUAACCACAGCGCUAGGUCUAGAUUGUCACUGAUAGCGCCUAAACCCCCCACGAUGCAGUUAAAAACACAAUAAAAUACAACAGUGGCGCUACAUAUGUAGUUGUCAAAGCUAACACCCCCACGCCACAGUUAAAGCACAACGAGUUCCUUGGUAAUGAAUCAAGCUCCUACCUGUUGACAACGAGCGGAGAGCCAUGCGCUCCAGGUCCGAGUACCCUAGGAACCAAAGCCGAGCGACCACCCGUCAAUCCAACGUAAACUCUGGCGUGGCCCGGAAAUGUCCAGCUCUUAUUGGCACAUGUCACGUGAGAACAGAGGUGGUCAGCCCCUGCUCUCAGGAGACACACUAGCCUGCCCAAAAAUGGUAAUGUCCAAAUAGGAUUGGUUUACUCGUUGUAUGAGUCUCGUGUCCAAAUAUGAUUGGUUUACUCGUUGUACUUUCUUAGUAACAGAUAGACUGUAUCAGGUAUCAUAGUUACCAUGGCUACAAGCUAAACAGCGUCAAAGUGGCGGGCAUAACCUGAUAAGUUGUACAGUCAGCCCAAAAGAAUGUGUGCACAUAUUAGCAGCAAAAUACACAGUUAGACUCUCAAAGGCAGUUAUUGUAUAUAUGUGGAUCCAGUUCGGGUCACAAAAAAAAGGUCAUAAAAAGGUCACAAGUGUUUUUCUCCCUUCACCAUGACACUUCCACCUCCAUGCUUCAAAGUUGGUAUGAGGUUCUUUUCCUGGAAUGCUGUAUUGGGUCCUCUGUUCUGGUGUCAAAAUAAUUAAUUAUUCCAGAAGUCCUGGUCUUUGUCUACAUUUACUCUGGCAAACUUCAGUCUGGCCUUCACGUUCUUCUUGUAGAGCACACCUCCCACGUAGGUUAAACUUGUGAAGUCUGUUUCUGAUCGUAGAGGCAUGCACUUUAACAUCAACAGUAGCAAGACCCAGCUGUAGGUCCCGUGAUGACCUUUUAGGUAUUUUGAAAACUUGAAAACUUUUAGCAUCUUGCGGUCUGCUCUCGGGGUGAACUUGCUUGGACAGCCAAACCUGAGCAUGUUGGCAGUUGUUUUGAAUGUCCUCCACUUGUAGACUAUUUUCCAGACAGUGGAAUGGCUGAUUUUAUAUUCUUUUGAAACCCCUUACCAGAGGCAUAAGCAUCUACAAUCUUCUUUCUGAAGGCCUCAGACACCUUUGAUCUCACCAUGGUGUUUUCUCUCACUUCAACAGUCGGUCAAUGUUUAAAGUAUUCUGCGUUGAGUGGGCCAAUUUAAGUUUUUGCAGUCCCUAACACACUUGAGAAACAAAUCCUCACCGUAGUGAGUUUGAAAAUGGCGGGAAGCAAAACAAGAGACGCUCCCCGCCCUGAUGAAACGGCGACUGGCAGAGGGGUUGUGGAAGUGGAAGUCGCGGGAAAAAAAGGAACAAAAAGAGUGGAACUGGUCGUGCUAUAAACGUAUUGUACUAAACUACAGCAAAUGCACAUGUAUGCAUUUAAAUACUACUAAAAUAGUUGGCAAAAAACCUUAGCUUUUGUAAAAAAACCUUUGUACACUGAAAGAAAGUUUGCUGUUUUUUAAAAUUAUUUUUAAAAAGAGAAAUGUCUUAUAUAUUUUUUUACAUGGUACAACAAUUAUGGACUACACAUUAUUUAUCAUUAAUAAUAUUGUCAAUUCAUUGGCUGCCAUUGAUAUUGAUAGAUGUCCAAUCGUGUGGUGGUUAAUCAUCCUUCUGCUGUAAAUGUAACUUUAUCUCUACUAGAUGUCCAAUCCAGGGGCGGAGCUUGCUGGCAUCAAACUCUCCGCUAGCGCCCCAUCCGCCUGCUCAAAGGGCCUUGGUAGUAGUCACAGCACUUUGAAUUGAGAGGGCUGGCAGUGAUUGAAAGUCUGUUCAUUCCUCCUAUUUCCAAUGGAUUGUACGCCUGUCGCCGUCAAUAGCAGCCAAUGAGUUAAAAAACUUUGUUUCCCAUUAAUUCUGCCUAGCCACAAGUGAAAACAUAAUCAGGAGAUUUUUCAUUUGAAGUCCGAAGGCCAUAUGCGGGUCACUUCCUAUGGAUUUUGGGUAAUUUACUGGUCAAUUCCUGUCGAUUAACACAUUGGCUGCCGUUGACCUGAUAAAUGUUUAAUCAUGUAACGGUCACGGUUUGGAAAUCUAUUGCAGCCAAAGAGUUGAUGUAGAACUUUGUGCCUGACGAAUUCUCCCUAGCAACAAGUGACUCCGGAAAUUAAUGUGCGCACAGGAUUUUGGAGAGACAGCGAGAACCAAAAGUGGUAUUUGCCAUGUGGCAAAAUGGAUUCUGCCAUGUUGCAUUUUUUUGCCAUGUGGCAAAAUGGAUUUUGGGUACCCCCCAAAAAAAGCCACAUACCAAAAAAAAAAAAAAAAAAAAAAAAAAAAAGCCACAUGUCAAAAUCAAUUCUGACACAUGGGAAAAUCCAUUUUGCCACAUGACAAAAAAAUAAUGCCACAUGGAAAAAAAAUCAAUUUUGCCACAUGGCAAAAAAAUAAUGCCACAUGGCAAAAUCAAUUGUGCCAUAUGGCAAAAAAAUGCCACAUGGCAAAAUCCAUUUUCAUCAUCAAAAGUGGUAUUUGCAGGGGGCAAAAUUGAUCUUGACAUGUGGCAUUUUUUUGCCAUGUGGCAAAAUUGAUUUUGCCAUGUGGCAUUUUUUUGGCCAUGUGGCAAAAUGGAUUUUGCCAUGUGGCAUUUUUUUGGGACAUGUGGCAAAAUGGAUUUUGCCAUGUGGCAUUUUUUUGCCAUGUGGCAAAAUUGAUUUUGGUUUGUGGAAUUUGUUAUUUUGGUAUGUGGCAUUUUUUGGGGUAUAUGGUAUAUUUUUUGGGCAUAUACCCCCCCAAAAAAGCCACAUACCAAAAAAGAAAAAAAAAACAAUGGCACAUAUCAAAAUCAAUUUUGGGAGAUGGCAAAAAAGUGCCCCAUUUUGCCACAUGGCAAAAAAAUAAUGCCACAUUUUUCCACAUGGCAGAAAAAUGCCACAUGGCAAAAUCCAUUUUGCCACAUGGCAAAAAAAAAUGCCACAUGGCAAAAUCGAUUUUGCCACAUGGCAAAUACCACUUUUCGUUCUAGGCCCUGCUGGGAUUUUGCCUAGCAACAAGUGAGAUCACAAUCAAGAUAUUUUACAUUUAUAAAUGUAAAGGGCAUGUGGGGGUCACUUGAUGUUGAUUUGGGGGUAUUUACAGGUCACUCCCUGUUGAUGAACACAUUGGCUGUCAUUGACGGUAAUAGAUGUCCAAACACGUGACUGCCUAUCAUCUUUCUGCUGUGAAUUGAACUGACUUCCUCACUCAUAGAUAUUCAAAUUAUUUGAAGUUGGAGGGUGGCGGCAAAUGAACAUUCAUUCAUUCGCUGCCAACCCCCAAUGGCAGCCAAAGAGCUUAUCUAAUUUUAUUUCUGUGUUAUAUCUACUUUCUCUUUUGAAGUAUAUUAGUUGAGCAUUAACACCUUUGCACUAUGUUGUCCUCUGAUGACCUUGUAGAUUGAUUUGGUGGUUUCUACUUUUGAUAUUUCUUCCUCACUGAUGAUUUCAUAUUAGCACAUUAUGUGUCUUUGUACUGUUUAUUUUCCAUGAACAUGGAACC